AUGUCGGGAGUUGAUCACUCCAUCCAACUCGUUUUCGGGCCGCCUCCUGCUGGUGUUGAUUUAAAUGAAAGCAUAACGGCGUCAUAUGACAUCGUGUCUUGUGUGGUGCUCGGAAUAGCAGCUGCAGCAGUAUGCUUGCGUUUUUAUGUCCGAACUAUGCGUGGAGCGAACAGUUUGGCUAUCGAUGACUGGUUUGUUGUCUUAGGACUUAUCUGUACCUGUGCUCUCGUGGCGACAACACUUAUUGCUGGAGCAUAUGGAUCGGGUAAACAUGUGUGGUCGACGACAUUACCGCGGCUCAUGGUGUUGCUGAAGGUUGUAUUUGCCGAGCCCUGGGUCUACGCUGCAUCCGUAACAUCAACUAAGAUCAGUAUCUUGCUCCUCUACCGGCGAUUGUUCUACACAGGCGAAGGCAACAUGCUAGUUAUUAACCGCAUCUUUACUAUAAUGUACUGGGUUGCCACAACCUUUACCUGCGCCUAUCCCAUUAUUAUGUGGAUCGUAAUGGCAGCCGCCUGUCGCCCAUUGAAUUUUUUCUGGAUGCGAUACGCCGGCGCGACAGAAGGAAAGUGCAUUGAUACUUUGAUGUUUUUUCUGGUCUUUGGAAUUGUUAACAUGAUCAAUGAUGUUAUCAUCUUGAUCGUCCCAAUUCCUCGUAUUUUGAAACUCCACAUGAACAAACGCAAGAAGGCUUCUGUCGCGGGUAUAAUGUUGCUUGGUAGCUUUGUCUGUGUUGCCAGUAUAGUACGCAUCUACUACCUCACGCUUCUGACCACCGCAGUCGACAUAACAUUCAUCCUUGGGCCUGCUUUCGGAUGGUCCAGCUUAGAGCCCUCGGUCGCAAUUAUCGGCGCUUGUCUACCAACAUAUGCGCCUCUCUUCCGCGGUAUUCACAACAAGGGCUCCAAUACCGGGACCAGUCAAAAGGGCUCCCACCAUAUAAAUCUGAGCCAGACACCGAAUUUUCUCAAGCAGCAGUCGCACUUUCGCAUUGAGGAGUCAGAUGAAGUCGAGCUGACGAACAAGAAAAGCUAUUUCCAGAGCACGGGGGGAAGUCGUGAUGGUGAGGGAAGUAUAGAGAGUGAGGAUGGGGCGAGGUCAUCAAGUGAUGCGAGGGGAAUCACCGUCACUUCGCAAGUCCAGGUGGUGAGGGAUGUGGCGAACGUAGUAUGA